GUCUUUUUUUUAACUGAUACAACCAUAAAUGAUGAAAAUUGCUGCAAAUCUGGGACAUGACCUUGCAAAUAAAGCCCUUAGUUUUGAGGGAAAAGCGGACUGGUACAAUGCUCUCAUUGCACAUGAUAAAGCAGCUAUUGAAUUUGAAAAAGCUAUUAAAGACACAAGCGAUGUCGAAUCAAAGCGUAUAUUGCAAGCAUUAGUACGAAAUCAUUCGACAAAAGCUAAAGAAUUAAAAAGAAGACUCGAGCAACCCGAUGCCACUACUGCUUUUGACAUGAAGAAGUUGGAACUUGAAAUUCAUGCCAUUCAAAGCGGUGAAUUAGGAGCUCAUGUUGUUCACAAACCUAUUGGCGAUUCUUUUGCGUUGCUACCAAACGAGGAAGAUGACGCGGAAGAUCCGUUUAACAAAUUUUGGGGAGUGGUAGAGCCAAUGAUGAACAAAUUAUCGACUCCGUUGCACGUAAAAGAUGAAUCAGCACUCAAUGCUACGUCCGAAACCAACGUAUAUGAGGUUAUCGUGGAUGAGGAAGAGACAAGUCGCAUUGAAAGAGAGAUGGCUUCUAUUAUCGAGUCCUUCUUUGUAUCACCUGCAAGUACCAAGAAAAUUGAGGAGGAUCAAUAUACCCAUAAAACGCAUUCAACAGAUUUCGAGAGGGACCCAAAAAUAGUGAACGGAGAAUUAAAAGCUCAGGUUCAGCAAUUAACAAACCAGAUCCAGAAUCUCGAGAAGCGAUCUGUUGAUAGCACUGUUCUAAAAAGUAGUAUUGUACAGUUUAAAUCCGAUGUUCACAAGCAAGCGUUACGUAUAUUACAAACACAAGAUACAUCAAUGAUGACACGAUCUGCUACAACGACGGGUUCGCCGUUGGUUAAAAACAUUCGUACAUUAGGCACUAGUACGGCUGAAAUAUUUCAUCGUAUAAAAGAAUUAGAAGAUGAGAACCGGAAUUUGCGUUCCCAAAAUCGAAAACAGGAUGCACUGAUGCACAAAUACAGAGAGAGAUGGGAAAAGUUAAAAGAGGGAGCUAAAAAGCGGCAUCCAGCUUCCGUGACAGCCCCAACAAACCCAACUUUACUUCGAAGUUUAGCUUCCAACAAUCCACCUGCUUUAUCAUCAAUUGACAAAUAA